UAAGAGUUAAGAAUUUGAUCCGAACUAUGGAGCGAUGAUGAUGUGGUUUGUUUUGGAACGGGCCGUUUACAGUGGUGGCGUCGACUUACACGAGCAGCGGCUGUAGUUCUAGCGCCCUAUCGCUUGGUUCCGGGGCAGCGGAAGGCCUUUCUUCCAUGCAUGACACUGCAUUGUGUGGAACGUCACAACGGCCUAGGCUUGCUGCGAGGGGAAGGGGGUGUUAUCAUCAAGAUGGACAGAACAUCAGACCACCUUCUGCGUCCGUGGACUUGGAUAUUGACUGCCGCGAUUGACGGUUCAGUUUUUGAGGGGAAAGGUUUCAAUUCGACGAAAUAACGGCUUUUAAGGACAAGUUGAUCAACAGUUUUGGGUAGCAGAGGAUUUAGACACAUAAAAAUUGUGGUUCCAUGACGUUUGGUGCAGGCGUGAUCUUCCGGGGAUAAACACCAGUCAGUUUUGCUUCCUCGUAAAAACAACAACAACAACAACAACAACAACAACAGCAACAGAGCUUCCAGGCGGAGAUCACUCGGUCUUUUUUUCUACGACGUGAUGUUAAGAGGAGGGUAACAGUGCAUUACAGCCUCACAGAAACAAGCCUUCCACUAUGUCUGAUUCUGGAAAGGGCCUUCCACCUCCCUGUAGUUAGCCCCGGUUUGGUAACAAAGGAAAAGAUCAUACGUUUUUCCCUGACAGCACUUUCCCGCCCCCUCGCAAGCAGGAAAAAAGCUUCGAUGAUGCAGCAGAUCUCGUGUCUGGACCGCAGGUGGUCUCCUCAUUUCGUGAGGGGGUGACUGGGACACAAGUGUAUAUAAAGGUCACACGGUUACCUCAUUUUGUACAUCACAGUUCAACUUUGAUUUCAUCAGAACCAACCUAUCCCAUACUCAAACGCCAACCACUAUUUUCAGAGAAGAAAGAGAAAGAGUCUGUUCAAGAUGACAACCUACGACAUCCCAACCGAGCAAUGGGCCCAAGUAGUCGAAGCCCCCGGCGGCCCCGCCGUCUACAAGAAAAUCCCCGUCCCCUCCCCCGGCCCAGAUGAGGUCCUCAUCAACGUAAAGUACUCCGGCGUCUGCCACACCGACCUCCACGCCAUGAAGGGUGACUGGCCAAUCCCCACUAAAAUCCCCCUCGUCGGCGGCCAUGAAGGCGCCGGCAUCGUCGUGAAAAAAGGCUCCCUAGUCGCCGACGACAUCAAGCUAGGCGACGCAGCAGGCAUCAAAUGGCUCAACGGCUCGUGCCUCUCCUGCUCCUUUUGCCAACAAUCCGACGAGCCCCUCUGCCAGUCUGCCCUCUUGUCGGGGUACACGGUCGACGGGUCGUUCCAGCAGUAUGCCAUCGCCAAGGCUGCGCACAUCGCGCGGAUUCCUAAGGGUGUUGAUCUUGAGGAGGUGGCUCCUGUGCUCUGCGCCGGGAUUACGGUAUACAAGGGAUUAAAGGAAUCAGGAGUGAGACCAGGCCAGUGGGUUGCUGUUGUUGGAGCGGGUGGCGGGUUGGGGAGUAUGGCGGUGCAAUACGCCAAGGCUAUGGGAGUGCAUGUUAUUGGGAUUGAUGGCGGGAGUGAAAAGGGGGAGAGUGUCAAGAAACUGGGGGGGAGUGCCUACGUUGAUUUUAUGGCGUCCAAGGAUUUGGUUGAGGAGGUCAAGGCUGCGACGCCGGAUGGGUUGGGGCCGCAUGCUGUGUUGUUGUUGGCUGUGUCGGAGAAGCCGUUCCAGCAGGCGACCGAGUAUGUCAGGAGUAGGGGGGCAGUUGUUUGCAUUGGGUUGCCUGCGGGGGCGUAUCUCAAGGCGCCCGUGUUUGAUACCGUGCUUAGGAUGAUUACUAUCAAGGGGAGCUACGUGGGCAACAGGCAGGAUACGGCCGAGGCGUUGGACUUCUUCCAGAGAGGUUUGAUUAAGGUGCCGUAUAAGACUGUUGGGUUGAGCCAGCUGGGCGAGGUGUACCAGAUGAUGGAGGAGGGCAAGAUUGUGGGGAGGUAUGUGGUUGAUACUAGCAAGUAGACAGGGCAAUGGGGAAGGGCUGGCUGUGGGUAAUGAUUAUAUGUGAGCGUUAUUAUGUAUCCUGAA